GUUCUUUGUGUGGAAAUCUAUAAAUGGGGGAUCAAGAACAGAAUCAAAAUCAAAGUAAUAGUCGAAGUCAAAACGAAAAUCAAGAUCAAAGCCAGAGUCAUGUGGGUUUCGAGAGCUACGUGGUGAUACACAACAUAGCAAAGAGGCACAAUGUUGGCACAUUAGCUCGUAGCGCCACCGCAUUCGGCGUUUCUGAGCUCAUUUUGGUCGGCCGCCGUGAUUUCAACUCCUUCGGCAGCCAUGGAUCCACUUCUCAUCUCCGCUUCCGCCACUUCUACUCUCUGUCAGACGCCCGUGUCUUCCUUAAGGAGAAGGAUUGCGAUAUAUGCGGUGUGGAGAUUACCGAUAACGCAGCCGCUGUAAAUGGACACCCUUUUAAGAAAAGCACCGCUUUCCUUUUAGGCAACGAGGGUAGUGGAUUAUCUGCUAAAGAAUGUGAAGUUUGUGAUUAUUUCGUCUAUAUUCCUCAAUAUGGUUGUGGCACCGCAUCUCUUAAUGUCACUGUUGCAGCUUCCAUCAUUCUACAUCACUUUGCAGUUUGGGCAGGAUUCCCCGAGCGAACCCGUGAUGGGAACAAGUUUGUUGUGGCGGAAAAGCCGGUGAAGAACUUGGGACGUAACUUCUGCACUGAAACCGCCGAGUCUGUCACCGAGGAACGCAAGCUUAAACGAGAAAAUGAUGCCGUAAACGGAUUUUUUGACGAAAGCGAAGGAGACGAUUCUUCUUCUAGUCUUCUGGAUGCAGUGUUCAGAGAUUAAUCCCUGGAAAAUCUUCCAAGUGAUGCACAGAAGUGCAAAAUGGUUGAUAUUAAACAUCGUUGUAGCUAUUUUUGUUUCGACCGGUGAUGUUAUACAAGUUUUGUCGUUCUUAUAGAGGUAGAGGUGCGCUAUAAUGUUACGUGAACAACGGAUGGGUCCGAAAAGUGCAUUUUGAGCUCGAAUAACUUUUACUUUUUGAGUUCU